CUGAUGGUCGAGCAAACUGUUAACUUGAAGAAAGAAAUGGAGCCAAAGGAGUGGUUUGGAGGAGUUUGGGUCUUGGGUAAAGAUAAGGUUGUGCAAAGAUAGGGAUUAAGUCCAAGAAGGGGUUAGACAUCAUGUGGAGUAAGAUAGGCAAUGGUGCAAAGUUAGGGCGAGGUACGGACGGCAUGUCCGUACCAACGACCGUACAAAGCAAGUGGCCGUACCAGACGUACCCGGAUCGACCAGAAUUGGAGUUUGGUUCAGUUAGGGCACAAGGAAGCUUAGGGCGUGAUCUUGUGACCGUUGGAGAAGCAAGUGGGCGUGAGACAGCUUGUGACAGGCUGGCCAAAAGGUGAAGCACCUUUUGGAGCAGGACCACACAUGAAGACAAUCUUGGCUGUCCAAUUCAAACUAAGCAAAUCCAGCCAUUGAUUCCUUAUCUGAUCUUCUCCACUUUACAGCUUGCACAAGACCACUCCAAGACCAGAUCCUGAUCGUCCAUCUUCAAGUCCUUUACCAACCAUUAGAUUUAGGUUAUGAGAUUGCAAAUGUAAAACUCAUAUAUAAGUCUUAGAUGGCGAUUUUGUAAAGACUUAAGGGAGAGAGGGGGAUUUCCCCUCUCCACUUCAUGAAUGAUAAACUUGUUCUUGAAUCUCAAACCCUAAUCUCUAAUCUCUUAUUCUCCUAAUCUCUCAGUCUCUUAAUCUUUGUUCCUAAGUCUCUUAUUCUCUCAUAAACACUCUCAUCAAUCUCUCUUCAUAAAUCACCUAGAACAAGCUCUCAUCUUUCUCCAUUGGAGUAUUCACACACACAUACAACAAGAGAAGAGAACUCUACAAAUCUCAUAUGGUAUCAGAGCCAGGUUCAUCAGAACCUGAGCUGAAGCUUCCGCAAGUCCACAGCUCACGCCUCAGCUCAAAACCAAACCAUUGAUGCUUUCCCAUCCAGUUCAGUCCCUUAUGAAGAAGAAGGCUGAAGCUUGGCGAGUUCCCUUGGUUCCUCAUCCUGUUCUCUACCUGCUCAGAUGGAGAUUAUCCUUGGAGGCAAAGGUGUAUGGAGAGGCCUAACUAACCUGACUCCAAAGCUCCUUGUCCAAGAGAAGUUCCACAUCAGGCUAAAAGAGUAUGGUGUCAAGAGCUUGGCGCCUAGAUGUUCUGAAGAAAGGAGGGGUCUUUUGAGUUGAUGGUACAAGAUGGUGGCCAUGAACUGAAGGAGAAGGAGGUGGGUGAUGAUCUAGACUCUCAGUUCCAACAACAGUCAUGGCCGGUUUCACAAAAUGCAAAAGGAAUCAACCUGGUUCCUUGUUGUUCACAAGAAGUGUUCUCUGCUCACCUCCUAUCCAAGACAAGAGGAAGACUUGAACCAUUGUGUGGAGCAAUGGGAAGAUACUUGUGUGUAGAAGCUGGUUUAAGAAGCGCAGGCCACGAGGUUGUUGAGCUCCUGGUUCAAGACAUACAAGCGGAAGACCAACCAUUGUGUGGAGCAAUGGGAAGGUUCUUGUGUGUAGAAGCCGGUUUAAGAAGCGCAGGCCACGAGGUUGUUGAGCUCCUGGUUCAAGACACACAAGAAGAAGAAGGUCACCACCUAAGCCAUGAGGAAGGCCGGUGAUCUGAGGGUACUUGAAGCUAAAGGCAAAAGGGUGGAUCAGUGAUUUAAGCGCAGCUGUUAGGGUGAUGUGCUCCUGGUCUUGAAGUUCAUUGAGGCUCAUUUCAAGCUUGGAUCUCACCUAUUCUCGGUCUCAAGCUUGCGGUGCUAAAUAUUCAAAUGAGCAACCUGAAGAGCUAAAGUUCAAGACCUGUUUCCUCCUUAUCAUUACAAUAGAAUGAUAAAAUGAAGCCUGUUGCCAACAUUCUGUGGGAAGUCCACAGCCUGCUCCAAAGAGGGUAGAGAGGAUGUUGUGACAAUGGAGAGAUGACUUGUUGUUCUGUCCAUGGUGGUUCAGUCACCAUAGCCUACACAUCAGAUGAGUGUAGAGAGGACAGUCGACAUACAAA